CCCUAUUUAUCUCUCGCUCUGCACUCGGCUUCAUUUCUUCUCUCUUUCUCUCUCUAUCUCUACCUCCUCCGCAGCCCCUCGAGCCCUAGAAGGCGGAGCAGCUGCCGGUCGAGGAGCUCGAAGUGCGGGGGCUCGGAUUCGCGCCGAGUUCGGAGGCAUCGGCUCGGCUCGGCUCCGAGGAUCGAGCUCCGAAGCCGAUCGGCGGCAGCGGCAGCGGCGGUGGCGGCGGCUUCCGAUCGUUUCCUUGUUCCGCCAUCAGAUUCUGCUUUGGGCUUCGGGGGAGGCAACAACUUUUAGACUUUUUUGGGACAACCUUCGAGCAAGAUCUAACAUGACGAAGGAUAGAAGAGAUAGGUCUGUAUCUUCUGAUAGGUUCAGAGCAUCUCCACUUAGGUGUAGCUCCAGUCGACCAAAGCGGUCCUUCCCAAAAAUCCCUUCUGAAUCUGAGGAAAACAUUAAAGAAUGGGAAGACGCGAGGUGUCCUGUCUGCAUGGAACACCCUCAUAAUGCAGUUCUUCUCAUUUGUACAUCUCAUGAUAAGGGUUGUCGUCCAUACAUGUGUGACACAAGUUAUAGACAUUCAAACUGUCUCGACCAGUUCCGCAAGUCAUUUACAGCUACUUCAUCAGCAGUACCUCAGCAAGAGAUGAAUCUGUCUGUAGAUGCAAACUUAUCCCCCGCUGCAACAUCAGACGCCACUAUUGUCGAAGCUGAAGAAAUUAUAGAGAGGCCCGCAACUGUUUCCUUGGAGACCCAGGUCCAAUCAGAUGGACCUGGGACGUCUUCCGAGAAAUCAGCGCCACCAAAACUGGUGUGUCCGCUCUGUCGUGGGCAGAUUAAAGACUGGAUCAUUGAGCAGCCGGCCCGUCGCUUUAUGAAUGCAAAAUCUAGAAGCUGUGCGUGUGAGACUUGUGAUUUUAUGGGCUCUUACAGAGAUCUCAGGAAGCAUGCUCGGCUUGAGCAUCCACUUGUGCGACCAUCUGAGGCUGAUCCAGAAAGGCAACGUAAUUGGAGAAGGAUGGAGCGCCAGAGGGAUAUUGGCGACUUGAUCAGCACUCUCCAAUCCUCUUUUAGUGAAGAUAGGAGUGAUGAAGAUGCCAUCCUGCCCAUGGAGGACAGGGGGUGGCUGACUGUGUUUUUCCUUAUAAGGGUGUUCCAACCCAGUUCAAGGUCUAGGAGCAGCAGCUGGUCCACUACCUCGGGGACCAGGGCUCGCCUGACUUUCAGACGAAGAUCGACCAGAUUGUGGGGUGAGAACUAUGAUGCGGACAUGUCUCUAUCUUCAUCAAUGGAUGAGGAUAAUGAUUCAUCAGAUGGUGGGUCAAUUACUCGGAGGAGGCGGGAGCGCUUGCGGCGGCGGUCAACACCUAAUAACCAGCCUUGAUGCUCAAGUUUCGAAUCGCAUGUUUUGAAGUUUGCCUUUAAAUCUGGCGAUUGUUGAAGAAGAGGACUACAAAGGAACUCUUUUGACAGUGUCUACCAUAUGGUUCGUUGGCAAUGGAAUAGUAAGUUUGGACUUCAUUGCAAGGGGUGGACGGACAAAUUCUGAGGCAUCUUUGAUGUCCUUGUAAUAUAAAUGCAUUCUCUGUUUGCUCUUUGAACAAUUGGUGCUGCAGUUAUUUACUUGUUUUUUGGAACGGGGGUGCAAAAUAAUCCUGCUACCAAGCUUUUGGUGCUCUUGGAACUUCAUCUUAUGGCUUCUGAGUUUACCGCGGUGGGCGAGGUCUUGUGCA